AUGAUGGUAAGCAUUGAAUCCCUUGGUGGUAUCCAGAGAGAAGUUGAGAGCGCCUUCAGGCGGCACUGGGAGAUCGUCAGGUGCCAAUGGGAACAUUCUGACAAACUUGUGAGAUUCAGAAACAACAUACAGGGGUUUCUGGGCGUUCUUCGCAAGAACUCCUAUUUGGUAAGAUCCCAUUCUGUUUAUGAUACCUCCACUCUCAGAUACACCUUCUGCUCCCAUGAACACCUUGUCGACCUUAUUAAGAACGUAACCGACCUGGGAGUCAUUGAUCAGACAAACUGGGAUGCCCUCUUCUCUCAAAGCGUUGGCCAUUUUGAUACCCUCGUUGGCAUCGUUUUCUACCUUGGAUUCGGUCACAAAGACACGGAACCGCACAAACUUCUUCUUGGCGUGAACCAGCAGGUGCAAGACGACUCUCGAAUACGAAUGCACAAGCACGGUGUCGUCGUCUCUGAUGAAUUUGAGACCGACCUGGGCGAUCAUCUCUCUGCUUUCUUUGGCUCUUUGCAAGAAUAA